AUGUUCUCAAAAGUCCUCUUAUUCUUCGCUCUUCUGAAUCUGGUCAGCGGCCGGAAAGUGCACAUUCAAGUACGGGAAAAUGUGACACAAAGCUGCCCGAAUGGUUUGUUUGCUUUGCAAUCGCGAGAGAGAACGAAAGAUAGAUGUUUUUAGUGGAUUCUGAUGUUAUCGACGAGGGCUCGUUGAAAAUUACAAUGAAAAUGUUGAGAAACGACAAGCCUGAUGAAGAAGACGAGGGAAAAGACGAGGUGACCAUUACCGAUGUGAACGGGGAAACUCGCCAGAUUGACUUCCCUGGCUGCUACAGAGUCAAGGUCAGCUUCAAGAUGCUUCGGCCUAUCGAGAAUCCGUAAGAGCUAUCUGGACUUCGAACAAGAUUGAAACUUAUCCCAUUUUGUAGAUACAUAGAAGCUUUCAUGCAACUCGGUCAGAACGUCCCGUGCAAAUCGGAAGAUUCCAUCCUGAACUUACGAGGAGUCGACAGUAUCUGCGCAAAUGUGACCCGACCUGCUCAAUGGUGUCCAGAGAGCUACAACUCUCAGCUCAGGGAAAUGUUGGGCGGAAAAACGACAUGGUAUUGCAACAGUUCAGGAAAAAAAACGAAACUUUUUUGCAGUAAGUUCUGUUCGCUUUGUGAAAACGUGAAAGAGAACGUGAAGGAUAAUGAGAGCAAGUUGAGCAAGAUCAAGAAGUUCUUGAGCAACGAAGGAAGGGAAGAGUGCUCAAAUAAAGACGAUGUUCACAGAUAUACUUUCAAAGUGAGUCAAAAUGAUGAGAAAUCCAAAAGUAGAUCUUGUUUGGAGCAAAAUGUUUUGGAUACUGUAUCUGGAAUAAGAAUACUUUUUCAGAUGUGCACUCCGACUCGCGAUGAAUUCAACAAUGAGGAUGGUGAUACCAAGGACAAGAUCGAGGAGUAUUGGCAAUACCUCAAACAGGUCAAAAUGGAUGUUCGUCCUGUGACGUUGCCUAUGUCUUUGUUGCACCCUUCUCUUCCGGUCUGUUUUCUUUAAAGUGGUCCACAAUUUCAGGGAAUCAUGACGACCGUGAUCCACGUCAUGGAUCGUAGUCCAAUCACGACUGGAAGAGCAGAACAGUGUCAGAAAAUGUGCAACACGUUAAACGAUGCCAGCAAGAUGGCGAAUCCCAGUUAUAAAGGCACUUUGAGCAAGUCCAUCGAGAAGUUGUGUGCUCCUGUUGAUUCCUACGCAGCGUGUCUCUACCAUACUGUGAAGUUCGAUGUGAACUCUGACCUUUGA